AUGCCGAAUCCACCUCCGAAAGAGGACACAUGGGCGUUCCAGAAGAUAGGAACUCCCUAUCCACCGAACCCUGUUAAGUGCUUAGGGCAGCAGAAUAUGUAUGUCGCGCUAUGGUACAAACAUGGAAAACCGAUCCAUGGCCGAUCAUGGAACAACGGAGGAGUUGUCGAGUGUUCAUUCCCCUACAAGAAAGCCGAAUUGAGAACUGCCCAACAACUGGAGGGAAAUAUUCAAGUACUCCAAUACACAGGAGAUCAUAAUACACAAGGAUUCUGGUACGAAUGGAUUCUGUAUAAAGAUAGGUUCGACAAAGCAGAAGGCCGUCAACUCCUUCACUGCGGAGACUCAUUCCCCAUUCUAUGGAAGGACCGGCCUGAGGGCGCUCUACUCGGCUAUGUUGACAACAAAACUGAAAUAGCCUUAUUCUCUUGUGAUGGAAAAGUAUAUGAGAAAAAAGGAGGCGAACUUUCCAACAUGUACAUUAUUAUGAGGAACCUUGUUGGUGGCCCACCACACUGUGAAUGUUCUACAUGCAGAGUUGCGCCACCUCCUCCAGGACCGCCACCGCCAAGAGUGAUGAUCGAUGAAUGGAUGGAUAUUCGUGCGGGUGAUCCGUGGCCCGACAGACUUCUUGUGAAAGCCCUCGACAAGACCCUGGACACAAUCCCUGGAGAAAAUCCCGAUCAGUAUGUUGCUCUGUGGUACCAGGCCGGAGAACCUGUCAUGGGACGUAUUUGGAAUGAAAACGGCAAGGUGAUAUUCCACAUCCUAUCGUUAGAAGACUGCGUAGAACAGCAAUUCAUGGUACACACGUCUGCAGGUAGCUGCCAACUUCUGCUGGAACAAGAACGAGUACAAAGGCAACGUCGGUUCGAUUCAGGUGCUUGUGCACCUUUCCGAACACGUCAGAGGUUUCGACUACCAAUGGUUACCAUACCCACAGGUGGGCGGCAUCGUUCGAUAAGGACAAGGAAUGGAUUCCCAGUACACGUGAACAACACCAAGGGAGAUAUUUCCUCUGGUGUAAUCACGUUCGAUGGAAAACAGAUUCUUGGAAAGGUCGACGUCAGGAAUGAAAAAUCCUCGGCCGGAUUUGGUGGCAAAGAAAACAUGCUUGUCGGACCGGCGUGCGCCAACAACACCAUAGUACUGUGCCGUAAAGCAAGGCCUGGAUACAAGUUCGAUUAG